UCGACAAUGUCGCUGUUGUAAAGUGUCUUCUCACCGACACCCUCGUGAAUAGGUACCAGCACGCAGCGAGAAAGUGAGUCUCUUGUUACCUUAAACGGGUAUCGAUAAAGUUAUCCAAGGGAAAAUUGAUCAGGUAGCAGAAAGGUUGUUUCAGAGUCGCGGAGGAAUACCAGGCUAUAACUGAUCGUGCUUUGGGCACGCCUGCCGACACAGCCGCCCUGAUGGAUCUGAUAAGUUUCGUUAAAAGAGCCAUAGACGGCUCUCUGAAGGACCUGGAGCAACGGCUUUACGAAAUAAUCGAGCACAUCCUCCUCUUAUCCGACUAUCGCGUUCUUGCCGAAAGCGAGAUAAACGUCACCAACACAGCGUUCCAGUGGUACCACAGGAUACCUCAAGUCCUGGACGAGAACGAAGUCAUCGUCGCCAACAAGACCAUAGAGUUCCAGGAGGCACUUAGAGUUAGGUACCGUAGGUUCGAGGACGAGCUGGACUCCUACGCGAAGCAAGUCGACGAAAUCCAGUACUGGGGCGAUAUCGCGGAGGUGUUCAAGUACCAGAAGAGGGCCCAGAAUCUGGAGAGCAGAUUGAUCGCAGCCAUGGAGAAGAUCGACAAGUUCAACGAAGAGGAGGCAUCGUUCGACUGGGAGAUCACGCAAUAUCCGCGGCGCAAGCAGAUCGCAGAUCAGCUGAAACCUUUCAAGCAGCUUUUCGACGCGAUCUGCGACUUCUUGACCAAAUACGACAAGUGGAUGAACUCGAUGGUCGGUACCUACGAUCCCGAGGAUAUCGAUAACGACGUGGGACUCGCGUACAGAACGAUCUACAAACUGGAGAAGACCUUCCAAGAGCCAGACCUGAAGAACCUGGCGAUCAGCGUGCGCGAGAAGAUCGAGGAGUUCCGUGAUCACAUGCCGAUCGUGAGCACGUUGGGCAAUCCAGGGUUAAAGGCUCGCCAUUGGGAGCAAAUUUCGGAGAUCAUUGGCAUUCCCAUGAAAGUGGACGCCGAUUUAACGCUGGCCAAGGUCCUGGAUAUGGGUCUGGGCGCGCUCGUCGAGAAGUUCGUGGGCAUUUCGGAUAACGCGUCGAAGGAAAACACUUUGGAGAAGGCUAUCAAUAAGAUGCAAGAAGACUGGGCCAAUUUAUGCUUCACGGUGAACCCUUUCAAGGACACUGGCACCCACGUCAUUGCGGGGGUUGACGACAUACAGCUGCUUUUGGACGACCACAUCAUCAAGACGGUCACUAUAAAGAACUCGCCCAACAUAAAGCCGUUUGAAAAUAGAAUACUGGUAUGGGAGUUCAAGCUGCACUUGCUGCAAGACAUUCUGGAUCAAUGGUUGCGGGUGCAGGCGAUCUGGAUGUACCUGGAGCCGAUAUUCACGUCUCCGGAUAUCCAGCAGCAAAUGCCAGACGAGGGGAGGAAGUUCUCCGCGGUGGACAAAGCUUGGCGCGACAUCAUGAAGAUCGUUCACUCGGAUCCUCGAGUUCUCUCGGUCAUCGAGAUCGAUAAAAUGCUGGAGAAGCUGAAGAAGAGUUUCGGUCUGCUAGAGGACAUUCAGAAGGGCCUGAACGACUACCUGGAAAAGAAACGGCUAUUUUUCCCCAGGUUCUUCUUCCUCUCCAACGACGAGCUGCUGGAAAUUCUGUCGGAGACCAAGGAUCCCACACGAGUUCAACCGCAUCUGAAGAAGUGUUUCGAGGGUAUACACAGGCUGAAGUUCAACGAGGAUCUCGAAGUGCUCGCGAUGACGUCCACAGAGGACGAAGAGGUGGACCUGGUGGACAUAAUAUCCACUUCAGCCGCCAGAGGACAAGUGGAGAAGUGGCUCAUCGAACUGGAAGCAAUUAUGCGGCGGAGUGUGCGGCAUGUGGUGGACCAGGCGAUACGGGCGUAUCCUACCAAACCGAGGAAAGUCUGGGUGCUGGAGUGGCCUGGACAAACGAUCCUUUGCGUUGGCAAGACGUAUUGGACUUUGGGCAUAGAGGAGGCGAUGUUGCACGGUGUUCAGGGCAUGAACAAGUACUUGGACCAGUGUCAGACGGAGCUGAACGAGAUUAUAUUGAUCAUCAGAGGGAAACUGUCUAAGCAGAAUCGCAUCACCCUGGAGGCUCUCGUCACGCUGGACGUGCACGGCAAGGAUGUGCUCGCAGACCUCUGCGAGGAGAAGGUCAUUAAGAACACCGACUUCAGAUGGCUUUGUCACUUGCGAUACUACUGGCUGGAAGAGAACAUGUGGGCCUACAUGAUCAACUCCUACCAGCGGUACGGCUACGAAUACCUCGGCAAUUCCUCGAGACUGGUGAUCACUCCACUGACGGACCGUUGCUACCGAACCCUCUUCGGCGCUCUCAGUCUCCACCUGGGCGGUGCUCCGGAGGGUCCAGCCGGCACCGGAAAGACGGAAACGACCAAGGAUUUGGCGAAGGCGGUAGCCAAGCAAUGCGUCGUGUUCAACUGCUCCGAGGGACUGGACUACAUGGCUCUAGGGAAGUUCUUCAAAGGUCUGGCAUCCUGCGGUGCCUGGUCCUGCUUCGACGAGUUCAACCGAAUAGACCUGGAGGUCCUGUCUGUAGUCGCGCAGCAGAUCUUGACUAUCCAACGGGCGAUCAACAGUGGCGCGGAAAAAAUGAUCUUCGAGGGAACGGAGAUCUUCUUGGACCCAACCUGCGCUAUCUUCAUCACGAUGAACCCUGGCUACGCUGGCAGGUCCGAGCUACCGGACAAUCUGAAAGCGUUGUUCCGUCCCGUCGCCAUGAUGGUGCCCGAUUACGCGCUGAUCGCCGAGAACACCCUCUACUCGUACGGCUUCUAUAACGGCAGACCCCUCGCCGUGAAGAUCGUCACAGCUUACAAGCUCUGCUCGGAGCAGCUGAGCAGCCAGCCCCAUUACGACUACGGCAUGAGGGCCGUCAAAUCGGUCCUGGUAGCCGCUGGCAACCUGAAACUCAGGUAUCCGGACGAGUCGGAGGACAUUCUGAUGCUGAGGAGUAUCCUGGACGUAAACCUGCCCAAAUUUCUCGUCCACGAUCUACCCUUGUUCGAGGGCAUCGCCUCGGAUCUUUUCCCCGGGGUUGUUCUUCCUGCUCCCGAUUACACCCACCUGAACGCCUGCACGUUCGAUGCAUGCGCCGAGGCGAACAUUCAAUGCACGGACUUCUUUCUGGAGAAGAUACAGCAGAUAUACGAAAUGAUGAUCGUGAGGCACGGAUUCAUGAUCGUCGGGCUCCCGUUCAGUGGCAAGACCUCCGCGUACAGGAUGCUGGCCGAUUGCCUCGGCCUCCUGGAGGACCGCAAAUUGAUGGACGAACACCGGGUGGAGAUAACGGUUAUUAAUCCUAAGGCGAUCACCAUGGGCCAAUUAUACGGGCAAUUCGAUCCGGCGUCGCACGAAUGGAGCGACGGUAUACUAGCUGUCAGCUACAGAGCGUUCGCGACCUCCACCAAUCCGAACAGGAAGUGGCUGGUCUUCGACGGGCCGGUCGACGCCCUGUGGAUCGAGAACAUGAACACCGUGCUGGACGACAACAAAAAGCUCUGCCUGACCUCGGGCGAGAUCAUCCAGCUGGCGCCCACGACCAAUCUGAUCUACGAGCCCAUGGAUCUCGAAGUUGCAUCGCCGGCCACGGUUUCGAGAUGUGGCAUGAUUUAUAUGGAACCAGUCAGCUUGGGCUGGACACCUCUGUUGACCUCCUGGUUGAACACGUUGCCAGACACUUUUACGGAUCACAUCAAACAUCACUUGGACAGCAUGUACACGAGAUUCUGCCCACCUUUGCUGCAUCUAGUUCGGAGAGCGGGAAUUAAGGACUUGAUAACAAUGCCCGACGCCAACCUAGUAAGAUCCGUGAUGUAUCUGUUCGACUGUUUCCUCGACGACUUCCACGACGAGAAGUAUCUCCAAACGUUAUCCGAUUUGGACAUGAGAGCGCAAGUGGAGGGUUGCUUCUUCUUCUCCUGCAUUUGGGCGAUAGGUGGCACCUUGAUGGUGGACUCUCGCGACUCUUUCAGCGAGCUCUUCAGAGCCCUGACGCAGAGGGAGUUCCCCGAGGACGUCAGGGAACGUUUCGACAUUUCCGAGGACACCGCAGACCCGCCGAAACCGUACGUGGUGAACUUGCCGUUAACAGGGAGCGUAUUCGAUUACAAGUACAUCAAAGAGGGCAGAGGCAGAUGGAGGCCGUGGACGGAGGAUCUGGCAGACGUUCCGUCGAUCCCUAGCGACAUGCCCGUGAAUCAGAUCAUCGUCCCAACGAUCGAGACCGCUCGUUACUUUCACCUGUUCAAGCUCCUCAUUUGCCAUCGCAAACCAGUGCUGGUGGUUGGUCCAACGGGGACCGGAAAGUCCGUGUACAUCAUGGAGUUUCUGCUGAAGAACGAUCCGGAGACGUUCAAGCCGAUGUUCGUGAUAUUUUCGGCGCAGACCUCGGCCAAUCAGACCCAGGAGAUCAUCAUGAGUAAACUGGAUAGGAGGAAGAAGGGACUAUACGGAGCUCCGCCAGGGAAACAUUGGGUGGUGUUCGUGGACGACCUUUCCAUGCCACAGAAAGAGGAAUUCGGGGCACAGCCCCCUAUAGAGUUGCUGAGGCAGUGGUUGGACCACUGGACGUGGUACGACUUAAAGGAAAUGGCGCCGAUAGAGCUGGUGGACGUUCAGUUGGUAUGCGCGAUGAAUCCACCGUCCGGUGGCCUCGAUGUUACACCGAGGUUCAAGAGGCACUUCUUCACUCUGGGCAUCUCAGAAUUUUCCGACGAAGUUCUGACCGUUAUAUUCAGCACCAUAGUGUCCUGGCAUCUCAACAGGAGAGAGUUCCCAGACUAUUUCUUGCCUUGCAUCGAGUACAUCGUCUCGGGCACACUGGACGUAUACAAGGAAACCAGGAAGCAUCUUUUGCCCACUCCAGCCAAGUGUCAUUACUUAUUCAACUUGAGGGAUUUCUCGAGGGUGAUCCAGGGCGUGCUGCUGUCCACGCCUGAAACUGUCAGCGACACCGUGGGCAUGUCGCGUUUAUGGGUGCACGAGGUCCUACGCGUGUACGGGGACCGCCUGGUGGACGAUAUGGACAUAAAAUGGCUCGUUAAACAGAUACGAUCGACCGUGUCCUCGUACAUGGACGACGACUUGGAUCGGAUGUUUGAAGAUUUGAUCACAGAGCCGGAGGGUUCGGUGACGUACAUGGAGCUACGAAAUCUGAUCUACUGCGACUUCCAGGACCCUCUGGCAGACAGGAAACUGUACACAGAGGUGGAGAAUUUGGAUGACCUUACCGCCACGGUAGAAGAAUAUCUCGCGGAGUACAACUCUAUUUCAAGGACGCCCAUGAACCUUGUUCUCUUCAGAUUCGCCAUAGAGCACCUCUCGCGGAUCUGUCGGGUGAUGAUGCAGCCGCGCAGUCACGUGCUGCUGAUAGGCGUGGGUGGUUCGGGACGUCAAUCUUUAACGAAACUGGCAGCCCACAUCGCGGAUUACGAGCUCUUCCAGGUGGAGAUGUCCCAGCAAUACGGCGCGUACGAGUGGCACGAGGACGUGAAGAGUAUCCUGAGGAAGAGCGCCGCCAGCGACCUGCACACCGUGUUCUUGUUCAUGGACACACAGAUCAAGGAGGAGACGUUCCUAGAGGACAUCAGUAACCUGCUGAACUCGGGCGAGGUCCCAAACAUAUUCGCCGCCGACGAGCUGUCCGACAUCUGCGAAAAGAUGAGAGUGAUCGAUCGUCAAAGAGACAGAUCCGUGCAGACGGAUGGCAGUCCGGUGGCUCUGUUCAAUUUCUUCGUGCAGACGGUUCGCGAGCAUCUGCACGUAGUCGUGACGAUGUCGCCGAUCGGUGACAAUUUUCGCGUCAGAAUUCGAAAGUUUCCCGCUCUGGUGAACUGUUGCACGAUCGACUGGCUCCAGUCAUGGCCGGAGGACGCUCUACUGGCCGUGGCGACCAAAUUCCUAGGCGAGAUCGACCUGACGAAGAAGGAACGCGACGCCUGCAUCGAGAUGUGCCAGUAUUUCCACACGUCCACCCAGGACCUGUCGCAGGAGUUUUUCAGACGAGCGAAGAGAUACAGCUACGUCACUCCCACGUCGUACCUCGAGCUCAUCAACACGUUCAAGGAUCUCCUCGAGAAGAAGAGGAAGGAGGCGCUCGACGGGAAGGGACGGUACGAGGCGGGCCUGGAAAGGUUGGACAGUACUCACAAGCAAGUGGAGAAGAUGCAAGAGAUUUUAGUCGCCUUGCAACCGAAGCUCCUCGUCGCCGCCAAAGACGUCGAGGCAAUGUUCCUCGACGUUCAAAGACAGAACGACGAGGCCGUCGCUAUCGAGCAAGUCGUCAAGAGCGACGAGGAGGCCGCCUUGGUCGUUGCAGGAGAAGCCGAUGCCAUUCGCGCGGAAUGCGACGCCGACUUGCAAGAAGUGAUGCCGAUACUGAAUGCAGCCAACGCAGCAUUAAACACUUUAACGCCUCAAGACAUCCAGAUAGUGAGGUCCAUGAAGAGACCACCGGCUGGUGUUCGACUAGUCAUGGAAGCUGUUUGCAUCCUCAAGGACGUGAAACCAGAGAAGGUCCAAACCCCGACAGGAGCCGUGGACGACUACUGGAAGGCUUCGCUCCGCGUAUUAAGCGACAUGAGGUUCCUGGAAUCUCUAUUGACGUUCGACAAGGACAACAUCCCGGAGCGAAUCAUGACGAAAAUUCGCACUACGAUCCUAACGAACCCUGACUUCGAUCCAGAGAGGAUCCGACACGUGUCCACGGCCUGCGAGGGUCUCUGUCGAUGGGUGUUCGCGUUGUCGGAGUACGACGUCGUGGCGAAGAUCGUGGCGCCUAAGAAGCAGGCCCUAGCUAAGGCCGAGGCCGAUUACUCGCAGGCGAUGGAGCAACUGAACCUGAAGAGGCUCCAGUUGCAGGAGGUUCGGGACCGUCUGGCGAAGCUGGAAGAGCUGCUGGCUGAGAGGAGGGCGGAGUACCAAGCGAUGACCGACGAGGUGACGGAGUGCGAGGAGAAGCUGAGAAGGGCUAGAGAGCUGAUCGGCGGCCUCGGCGGGGAGUACACCAGAUGGUCGGACACGGCCAAGAUGCUAGGCGAACGUUAUUACAAGCUGACAGGAGACAUACUGAUCGGGUCUGGCGUCGUGGCCUACCUAGGAGUGUUCACCGCGCAGUACAGGCAGCAGCAGAUCGAAAACUGGGUGGAAAUCUGUUCGGAAUUGGACGUGUACUGCACGCAGGACUUCCAGCUCACCCAGGUCCUCGGCGAUCCUGUGUUGAUCAGGUCCUGGAACAUUUUUGGGUUACCCAGCGACCUCUUCUCCGUGGACAACGGCAUCAUCGUCACGAGCUCGAGACGAUGGCCACUGAUGAUCGACCCUCAGGGACAGGCCAACAAAUGGGUGAAAAACAUGGAAAAGGAGGCCAACAUCAACGUGAUCAGGUUGUCCCAGAGCGAUUAUAUGAGGGUUCUGGAGAAUGCUGUCCAGUUUGGACAGCCAGUUUUACUGGAGAAUGUCGGCGAAGAGCUGGACGCUGCUCUGGAGCCUCUCUUGAUGAAACAGACGUUCAGGUCUGGCGGUACCGUGUGCAUCAAGAUCGGGGAUUCUAUUAUUCAGUACUCCGACAACUUUCGGUUCUAUAUCACGACCAAGUUACGCAAUCCUCAUUAUUUACCUGAAGUCGCGGUGAAGGUUACCUUGCUGAAUUUCAUGAUCACGCCCAUCGGCCUCGAGGAUCAGCUUCUGGGGAUUGUCGUGGCGAAGGAGAGGCCGGAUCUCGAGUCUGAGAAGAAUCAGCUGAUCGUUCAGGGGGCUGCUAAUAAAAAGAUGCUGAAGGAGAUAGAGGAUCGGAUCCUGGAGGUUCUGUCGACCUCCGAGAAGAACAUCCUCGAAGACGAGACCGCGAUCAGUGUUCUGAGCUCGUCGAAGCUUCUUUCAGACGAGAUCGUCGCGAAGCAAACCGCUGCUGAGAUCACGGAAAUGUCCAUCGACGAAGCGAGAUUAAAAUACACUCCCAUAGCCGUCUACAGCACUGUCCUCUUCUUCACGAUCGCUGUUCUGGCGAACAUCGAUCCCAUGUACCAGUACUCGUUGGUCUGGUUCGUGAAUCUCUUCAGGAACACCAUCGACAACACGGAUCCCGUCGAGGACAUACAGCAACGACUGAAGGAUCUCACGAGAGAAUUUACCCGCUCGUUGUACGUGAACAUAUGUCGCUCGCUGUUCGAGAAGGACAAGCUUUUGUUCUCGCUGCUGCUUUCGGUGAACCUGCUGAACAAGAAGGGGGAAAUAUCGAUGCCCCAAUGGAUGUUUCUGUUGACUGGCGGCGUAGGCCUCGAGAAUCCUUUCGCAAAUCCCACGAAUUGGCUACCCUCGAAAUCCUGGGACGAGCUGUGUCGCUUGGACAGCGUGCCUGGGUUUCAGGGCUUCAAAGAUUCUUUCGCGAGAAACAUAGACGCUUGGAAGGUCGUCUUUGAUCAUAUGGAGCCUCACACUUUACAUUUCCCAGCGCCUUACGACGCAGCUACCCCUUUUGAGAGAAUGCUCGUGUUGCGUUGUAUCCGCCCUGACAAAGUCUUGCCUGGCGCUCAGCAAUUUGUGGAAGAACAAUUGGGUCGCCGCUACAUCGAGGUGCCGCCCUUCGAUUUGCUGUCUUCCUUCUCGGACUCUUACUCCUGCAUCCCUCUCAUAUUCGUCCUGACGCCCGGCGCCGACCCCAUGGCGAUUCUACUGAAAUUCGCCGACGACCAAGGCUUCGGCACCAACAGAUUGUUCUCCCUGUCUUUGGGUCAAGGACAGGGCGUUAUCGCCACGCAACUGAUCGACGAGGGAGUGAAGAACGGCACCUGGGUGGUCCUGCAGAAUUGUCACCUCGCCAAGAGCUUCAUGCCAGAGCUGGAAAAGAUUUGCGAGACUUUCACUCCAGAGACGGUGCACCCAGAUUUUCGAUUAUGGCUGACCAGUUAUCCCGUGGACCACUUCCCAGUCAGCGUUCUCCAGAACGGCGUUAAAAUGACCAACGAGCCACCGAAAGGGUUGCGCGCAAACAUAAUCAGAUCUUUCUUGCAGGACCCGAUAUGCGACGAGGAGUUCUUCGAAACGUCGAAGCAGAGCGAGACUUUCAAGAAACUUCUCUUCGCUCUGUGCUUUUUCCACGCGAUCAUCCAGGAACGGAGACAGUUCGGUCCGAUUGGUUGGAACAAUCAGUACGAGUUCAACGAGACCGAUCUGCGUAUCAGUGCGUUGCAGCUGAAGAUCUUCUUGGAUCAGUACGACGAUGUGCAGUUCACUGCCUUGAAGUACUUGACAGGCGAAUGCAAUUACGGCGGACGCGUGACAGACGAAUGGGACAGGAGAACUUUGAUCACCAUCCUGGCGAGAUUCUACUGUCCGGAGCUCAUCGCGCAGGAGAGAUACUUGUUCGAUCCGAGCGGCGUGUACUAUGUGCCCCCAGUCAAGGAUCACAGCGAGUUUCUGGAUUACGUUAAGUCUUUUCCGAUGGCCACUGCGCCCAGUGUCUUCGGGAUGAACGAGAACGCUGACAUCAUCAAGGAUCAGCAGGAGACCACGCUGAUGUUGUCGUCGAUAUUGCUCACCCAGGACACCGGUGGAACGGAAACAGACACAGGGAAAUCGCCCGACGAGACCGUCUACGGGGUGGCGUCUGAUAUUCUGUCAAAGUUGCCGAAGGACUUCGAUCUCGUCGCGGCACUCGAGAAGUAUCCGACGUUAUAUAAUCAAAGCAUGAACACGGUGCUGGUCCAGGAAAUGGGAAGAUUCAACAAGCUUCUGCAAACGAUCAGGAAUAGCCUCAUAAAUGUUCAAAGAGCGAUCAAAGGUCUGGUGAUCAUGAACUCGGACCUCGAGGAAGUCUACGUAUCGAUAAUUACCGGGAGGAUACCGAAGAUGUGGAUGAGGAACUCCUAUCCCUCCAUGAAGCCGUUGGGUAGCUACGUUCAGGAUUUCUUGAAGAGGCUGGCGUUCCUUCAGUUGUGGUACGACGAGGGACCACCAACGUCCUUCUGGAUCUCUGGUUUCUACUUCACCCAGGCGUUUCUCACCGGGGCGCGUCAGAAUUAUGCGAGGAAAUACUCGAUCCCCAUAGAUCUCCUCAUCUACGAUUUCAUGCCUCUGAAACAAACUGUAUUCCCCGAGCCGCCAGCCGACGGUGUUUACAUUUACGGUCUCUUCCUAGACGGUGCCCGUUUCAACAUGAAAACGAUGAAGCUCGACGAGUCCCUGCCAAAGAUUCUGUACGAUGACGUUCCCUACAUCUGGCUGAUACCGGCGAAAAGGGACGAAGUACCGGAGAAGCACACGUACACUUGUCCCGUGUACAAAACCGCGGAGAGGAAGGGCGUUCUGUCGACGACUGGCCACUCGACGAACUUCGUAAUCGCCAUAUGGCUCCCGACGGAGCAUCCGCCGGAGCACUGGAUUCUGCGAGGCGUAGCUAUGCUCUGUCAAUUGUCCGAUUAAACCAAUUAUUACGUACAUCGCGAGCUGCGAUUACUCUACGUGGAUCGUUCUGGUCAGGAUAGUUCGAAAAGAUUCAUUCUAUCUCUGUCUCAAUCUUGACCUUCCGCGAAUUAGGUAUUAUCGAAAUAUCGAGUGGAUAAAGGAGUAUACGUUGUGAAAUGAAUAGUAUUCUCGUGAAAACGUAUAAAUUUGGAAAGUUCAGUCUGAUCCAUAUAGU